UUUCCUCUAUUUUAAUUCUGUAUGUUCUACAAACUUCAGUUUUGGAAUUGGACGUGACUUUACAUCAAAGCGAUAUCUUGCAUAAAUGAUUGCUUGAAUUAUAGAUUAAUUGCAGCAGGUAACUAUACAAAAACUCUGUUAAGAGCUUAACCUAACAUGCUAAUAGAUGAAAUAGAUAUUUUGCCAAUUCUUAAACAUUGCCAAUUCAUAUAGAAUAUAACUUGGUAUUUUUACCAUUGCUAAGGAAAUAUCUUCGUUAGUAAUUCACCAAUUUCCUAAUCGUACUUUCAUCCGACAACCCUUUCCUGGUUUUAUUACGCUAUUCGUGAGGAUAUUGUAAUGUAUAUGUGGAAUGCGCUUCAUAAUUUAUUGGUAUUUUUAAUAGGUCAAUAAAGAAAUUACGAUAUGCGGCAAGUAUUCAUUUAUUUAUGCUAAGUAGGGUUAAGGUGCCUGAUAAGAUUCAAUUGUAAACGAAUGGAAAUAGAUAGGGGUUUUUAACAAAAUUACUCUUUUUGUGCAACGGUACAAUCUAAGCUAUGAAUCAAGGAAGCGUAGUUACAGUACGAUUUGCUACUCAAGAUGACGUGGAUAAAAUACUCCACGUGUCAGAGGGAAUCUAUGAUGGAAGAGACUACCUUCCUGUUGUCCUUAAACAAUGGCUAAAUCAUGAGAGAAAGCUGAUAUAUCUUGCAGAGUACGAGGGCGAAGUCAUUGGGUUACAAGUUGCAACCAUCGCAGAAGACCAACAGUCAUUUGUCACUCAAGCACUGAGAAUUCAUCCAAAAUAUCGUGGGAAAAAGCUGAGCUACCAACUAACAGAGGCUGUUAUUACAAGUAUUCGGAAAAGCCUUCCUCAAGUAUUGAAGAAUAGGAGUGUAUGCUCGAAAAAUUCGCCUGCUUUUUUGAUGUUUAGGAACAAAGGUUUUAAGCCCAUUAUGGAGCAAAGAGUACAUGCGCUUCAAAGGUUGCCUUCUGACGUCCUUACCCAAAAAUGCCCAGAAUUAUGCGAUUCCGAAUUGGUACCUUUGGGUACAAAAGAUGCACUGGAAUUGUACAAGAGCGAAAAACUGUUGAAUAUCAUUGGUUCGCACAGCGUUGUCUUGGUCGAUAAUGUUUUUCCUCACAAACUUCCAGAGGAUGCUCAUAUUGUAGCGAAGAAAGUAGAAAAUACAGUCUUUGUUGACGUGUCCUUACAGGAGUUUCGAAACGGAAAAUUUCCAAAGUCUUUCAGCCAAGGCGUGCUGUCAAAAAGAGUUGCGACAGAUAUAUGGAUUUGCCAAAUUUAUACAGAUGAUACCGAGCUUUACAAGAAACAUUUUCUACGUCAAUUGAAUGCCGCUGCCCAAAGAAUUCAAAGGAAGGAAUUUAUUUUUCGUUUCUUUCAAAGUAGUUGUUCACAGUUUGAUGGAUGCAAAUUGGUGAAAGAUGAAAUUUCUCGUCUGAAGCUGAAUUGUGAGGUGGAAAGUGAAGUUCGUGUUCUUUUGGAAUAUGAUCUGAAAUGAUUUAGGAUAUUCUAACUAUAUGUGUACGUUGUGUUAUAUGUUAUAACAAAAGCAAUAUAGAUAGAUAUUAUCAUUCAGUGAGUCACAUAGAAGCGAGGUGGUCGUAGACAUUUAGACAUUUAGUACAAUUGUCAUUUACAAUAUUAAGUUAUGUUCGAAGUCGAACAAUAAGGACUUCAUGGAAUUUCAAUAUCAACGGAAUGAUUACCAACUACAACAAAUUACAAGGACCUUGUAACCCUGUCAAGUCCGAAUAGACAAUUUCCGGGAUACACGGGCACUUUGGAAAAUAUUCCGGCAAGUUUUACCUAUUUUUUCAGCGCGCAGCUGUGAUAUUUUUGAAAGCGGGGAAUGUCGGAGGAGAACUAUGAAAUCAGAUGCCUAAGAUCAUACCAACACAAUAUAGUGUGAUUAGAGUUAGUACGCAAAUUUUGAGUGAUUUCUUCCACUGUUCGCGUGAUAAUUUUAAAACCUCCAUAAAAUAUGUCAUGUAAAAGGUUUUGCUUAGUUAAAACUGAGCUUCAUUCCCCAGCAUUUUCCAUUGCCUUUAAAGGCAUUAAGAUGAUCCCAGAUCUUAUUGAUGCACUAGUAAGAACUAGUAUCUAAAUUCCAAAUGCCACCCUUUUCAAGAUCCUCUUUAAACAUUACUUAGUGAUCAUUUGUAGUGCCACUCACUGUGUAGAAAUAGUUUGAAUAAUUAUUUAGUUCCCAAUAAAAAAUUGAUAAUAAUGAAUAAUAAGCCAAUAAAUAAUUCAACGAAGUAUAGCUGAAUCGGGUUACUUUGAGAAUAAAUACAUGAUGAUUCUAAAGGGCUCUUGUAAAGCAAUUUGCAAAUGCUGUAUAGAAACAGAUUUAAAAUUUAAAAUGUAAAUGUAAUCAAAAUAUAUGUAUGUAAUGAACUGUUGUGAAGUUAUUUAUCAUUUCGCUCCUUAACGGUUAGCUCAUUCUAUAAUAAUAAUAAUAAUAAUGUGCAAUUUAUAUAGCGCAAAUAUCCGUACGUUCAUAUGCGCUUUACAGUAAGAAGAUUUGAAUAACAA